CUUAGCCCUUAGAGCGAAAUAGUAAUAAUAUGGCUGAGAAAUAUCGCAGGGUUUUCGAUUGAAAUACGGUUGGGAUACUAGACAUUCAUCUGACAUACAAAUAAUAUUUGGCGAUAUAUCCCGGCCGUACUAAAAAUAUUGCCGACUAUUGCAUAGUGUAGCCGCAAAUUGCAAAUACCCGCUGAUGCUACCAGCCACACCCUUGGCUACGUUAUACGUUUUGGUAAAAAAAUGGACCGACUAGGAGCCCCUUAAAAGACUCAAAUAUAUUAAGUAAAGCAGCUAUAAUAAUAACACGUUUUAGGUACCUAGUGGCUAACGUGGGUUUUAAGAAGAAAUUUAAUAAUGGCUGUUGCUGAGGGAGACGAUCAAUACUCUGUUUGGGUGGGGUUAAUUUACAUAUUUAACUUAAUAGUUGGCACCGGGGCUCUGACUCUUCCAGCUGCAUUUGCCAGAGCUGGAUGGGGGCUAAGCACAAUAUUUCUUGUAUUCCUGGCAUUUAUGAGUUUUAUGAAUGCAACAUUUAUCAUAGAAAGUAUGGCUUGUGCCAAUGCUGUAUUUAAAUGGAAAAGAUUGCAAUAUUUAAAGAGGAAUAGUAUGCAAGAUAAAAAAAACUCGGAACAAACUACCUCAAAACCUCCUGGGUAUGGAGAGCUCAAAGAACAAACUACCUCAAAACCUCCUGGGUAUGGUGAGCUCAAAGAACAAACUACCUCAAAACCUCCUGGGUAUGGAGAGCUCGAAGAACAAACUACCUCAAAACCUCAUGGGUAUGGAGAGCUUGAAUAUCCCAUUCUUUGUGGAGACUCUACACCUUCAAGUUAUUACAGUCUUGAUAAGAGAAUUGAGCUAGUAGAAAUGGCAAAUCUCUUCUUAAAUAAAACUGGACAGACAAUGCUCUAUUGCAUACUAUGUGUUUAUCUGUAUGGGGAUUUGACAAUAUAUUCUGCUGCUGCUUCCAAGUCUUUGAUGGAUGCUGUGUGUUCGAAAGUUCCAUCAAAUAUGAUAAAUAUAACAGAUUGGGAUGAUAUACCCUGCUUUCAUGCCUCUGAAGGGACCUUCACUCGUAUUGAUUGUUACCGAAUGGCUCUAUUGACAUUCUUCGCAGCAAUGGGUCCAUUUGUAUUCUUCAAUGUACAGAAAACAAAAUACCUACAGCUGUUUACUUCGGGCAUGCGGUGGCUUGCAUUCGUCAUAAUGAUAUCAAUGGCGAUACAUCUUCUAAUCAAAUACGGACCUCAAGGGAAGCCGCCAGCCUUCGAUAUCACGGGCAUGCCCACUUUGUUCGGGGCCUGCGUAUAUUCAUUCAUGUGCCACCAUUCCCUCCCCGGCCUAAUCAGCCCUAUCCGAGGCAAAAGUAACCUCGGGCUCCACCUCUCGCUUGAUUACAUGCUCAUAAGCAUCUUCUAUCUCCUUCUGGCGUUCACGGGCGCGUUCGCGUUCGCAAACCUCAACGAUCUGUACACAUUAAACUUCGUGCCCACAGAUAAUGAGAAUGUUUUUCUAGAAAUUGUCGAAUACUUUCUCGCUCUAUUUCCUGUGUUCACUCUCUCUACAAGUUUUCCGAUUAUAGCUAUUACAUUGAGGAACAAUUUGCAAAGUUUGUUUUUGGAUACGAGUCGUUUGGAGUCGUAUAAUUUUGUUGUACGGAAGCUGAUAUUUCCAAUUGUAGCUGUCGUUCCUCCGCUAUUAGUCACAUAUUACUUCCCGGAGGAUAUAAGCGGUCUUAUUGAGUUAUCAGGGCCCUAUGCUGGUAUAUGGAUACAGUAUUUGAUACCUACGUUUCUUGUGCGGUCCGCUCGACGACAUUGCGCUAACUUGUUAGGUUUAGGUGUGGUUAAUAAAUAUAAAAGUCCAUUUUCAAAUAUAUCGUGGACUGUGUUCGUCCUACUUUGGUCAUUUAUAUGCUUAAUACUCCUAGUUUUAAACAGAACCGAGUAACCUAAAGAUCGUAAAAUUACAUAUUUUAAACCUUAAAUAGGUUAAACAGCCGUACCUACUCACAUUUAACUAUUAAAUUAUCUCCUAUAGUAGCACUUAUAUAAUAAUAAAUUUAAUGUCGGUAAGGUUUUUUGUAUGGAUAACCCGUUUCUGGAACUGAUUCAAAUUUUUACUAAAUAUCUAAAGUAACUGUAAAUUUCAGUUAACGACUCUGGGCACGACUGAAAACAUUUCGCAACUGAUUCUGGCUAAGUACGUAAUCGUAUAGAGACGUUACUAAUAUUUGCCUAUUAAUUGAGUGCUUGUAACCAAAGUCAUUUAAUUGAAAUUUAUAAAAAACAAAUAAUUUCGUACAAAAAUGUGUUCAUUGUUGAUUUAUGCAUGUUUAAUGCACAAGAAGUUUGGAUAUUUUCGUCUUUAUCGCUUAUUAACUGACAUAUGCUGACGCAAAGUCCGCUCCGCAUCGCAGAAGAACGAAGAAGCUACCUUUUUUCCUGUAGUUAUUGUUAUAAGAGCGGUGGCCUAGCUUGCGAAGCCUUAAGGUAGAUCUCGGCUUUGCACCAACGGAUUCUCCUAUGCAAUUAACAAUUACUCGGAAUGCAAUCAUCGCAAGGAAGCACAUCUUCAAAGUCAGGCUGUUCAUCUUGUCUUUAAAGGAACAUGAUUAAAGCAAAGCCAACGGCAUCGUUGUUGCGGCACUAAAUUAUUUAGAUAUUUAAAUAUUAUUGUAUCGAUGAGACAUUUAUUGUUUAAAAUGUCAAUAGUUUACUAAGAGUAGGAUGAGAUUUGAGGGUAAGAUUCAGAUACCAGAUUUAGCGUAGUGUGUAUGAGAUGUCUCUAAUCUCGUUUCAGAAUUUUCAUCCUGAAAGUCAGAGCAGUACAAUAAUUUUAAAAUAAUUAGAAAUAAAAUUAGAAUUACGUAUUUAUGACCGUUUAUUCUUGAUGUGAUUCUUAAUAUUUAUGACAAUAAUAAAAUUACUAAUCGCUAUAACAUAGUUUAAAUAUAUAAGAUUAAAUGUGUAUAGAUUCCUAGUCAAGUAAAAUCUUUAUUGCAUCUAGUUUUAAUAAUUUAGAACAAAUAAAGAAUUGUGUUAGAAAUGGUGUUGGUACAAUAAUGACUUUCUG